AUGGAGGCCAUCAACUUAGCCGGUUCCACCGUGGGCGUCCUGGCGGAGGACGGGGUGAUCCUGGCGGGUGAGAAGAAGACCACCUCCAAGCUCCUGGAUCAGGCGAAGCAGCACGAGAAGCUCUUUCAGCUGGACGACACCAUGUUUUGCGCUGUGGCAGGCAUCACCUCCGAUGCGAACAUCCUCAUCAACCGGCUCCGCCUGACGGCCCAGCAGCAUGCGUAUUCCUUCAGCGAGGCAAUGCCGGUGGAACAGCUUGUGACGUCCAUCUGCGACUACAAGCAGGGCUACACUCAGUUCGGCGGCCUGCGGCCCUUCGGCGUGUCCUUCCUGGUGGCGGGCUACGAUGCGCACCACGGCUUCCAGCUCUACCACACGGAUCCUUCCGGCAACUUCAGCGGAUGGAAGGGAUAUGCCAUAGGCGUCAACAACAAUACCGCCAUGCAGAUCAUGCGGCAAGACUGGAAGCCAGGCAUGAAGCUUCAGGAGGCGCUGGAACUGACUGCGAAGACUUUGGUGAAGACCAUGGACACUGCCUCGCCAACAGCAGAGAGGCUUGAAUUCGGCAUUGUGUACAAGACCGCAGAGGGUCAAGUCAAGUUCCGCAUGCUCAAGGACACAGAGAUCAACAAGCUGAUGGCAGAUGCUGCUCCCAAAGAAGGAGAGGAGGGCGCGGCAUCUUCUUCCACCUGA